AUGUGUCGGAAACAUGUGUCAUCGAUGCUGAACACUUUGCAGCAUUCCAUUCCCGAAUGCGGUUCCGAGCAAGUUGCCGUCAAGCAGCUGAAAUAUAUCCUAUGCGAUUUACCACCUAAUGGACCAAGAGAGGAUUUAUAUACGGUCUGGGUGCUCUGUGCAAAUAGCCAAAUUCUGUCGCUGCUUCUGGCCAAAGAAGAACCUGAUGGACCAGUAGACGACUCAGAAGAGAAUCGUAACGCCAUCACAAGACGUUGGAUUGCUUAUGACCAAUGUCUUGUUGAUCUUCCUAUACUCCGCGUGUCAUUCGGCCGAGCCUUUCAGAACAUGCGUAACUAA